ACCCAGAGGGCUGAGCGCGGAGCGUGUUCGGCUUUUAGGAGUAAGCCGCCAACAAUCUGGAUCAAGCAAGAACCAGCAUCCAGGAACAGGGAGUGCUCGGUGCCCCCACCCCAUGCCACUCCCACGAUGCCCUUGUCCCGCUGGCUGAGAUCUGUGGGGCUCCUCCUGCUGCCAGCUCCCUGCUGGGUGCCCCGGGAGAGGUUGCUGGGUUCCCUACGGAGGCCCUCUCUGGUGCACGGGUACCCGGUCCUGGGGGCCUGGCACAGUGCCCGAUGCUGGUGCCAAGCGAGGACAGAGGAGCCCCGAGCACUUUGCUCCUCUCUCAUCAUGAACGGAGACCAGAAGCCAGAUGCUUACGCCCAAGAGAAGCAGGACUUCAUUCAGCACUUCUCGCAGAUCGUCAGGGUGCUGACCGAGGAGGAGAUGGGGCACCCGGAGACGGGCGACGCUAUUGCCCGGCUUAAGGAGGUCCUGGAGUACAAUGCCAUUGGCGGCAAGUACAACCGGGGUUUGACGGUGCUGGUGGCCUUCCGGGAGCUGGUGGAGCCACGGAAGCAGGACGCUGAGAGUCUCCAGCGGGCCCUGACCGUGGGCUGGUGUGUGGAACUGCUGCAGGCUUUCUUCCUGGUGUCAGAUGACAUCAUGGAUUCAUCCCUCACCCGCCGGGGGCAGCCCUGCUGGUAUCAGAAGCCAGGCAUAGGUUUGGACGCCGUCAACGACGCCCUGCUUCUGGAAGCAUGCAUCUACCGGCUGCUCAAGUUCUACUGUCGGGAGCAGCCCUACUACCUCAACCUCAUCGAGCUCUUCCUACAGAGUUCUUACCAGACUGAGAUUGGGCAAACCCUGGACCUCAUCACAGCGCCCCAGGGCAGCGUGGACCUUGGCAGAUACACUGAAAAGAGGUACAAAUCCAUCGUCAAGUACAAGACAGCCUUCUAUUCCUUCUACCUCCCUGUGGCCGCGGCCAUGUACAUGGCAGGCAUUGACGGGGAGAAGGAACACGCUAAUGCCAAGAAGAUCCUGCUGGAGAUGGGGGAGUUCUUUCAGAUUCAGGAUGAUUACCUCGACCUCUUUGGGGACCCCAGUGUGACCGGCAAGAUUGGCACCGACAUCCAGGACAACAAGUGCAGCUGGCUGGUGGUCCAGUGUCUGCAGCGGGCCACCCCGGAACAGCGUCAGAUCCUGCAGGAAAAUUACGGGCAGAAGGAGGCCGAGAAGGUGGCCCGGGUGAAGGCACUGUACGAGGAGCUGGAUCUGCCGGCCGUGUUCUCGCAGUACGAGGAGGACAGCUACGGCCACCUCAUGGGUCUCAUCGAGCAGUACGCCGCGCCCCUGCCCGCGUCCAUCUUCCUGGGGCUAGCGCGCAAGAUAUACAAGCGGAAAAAGUGACCCGGAGGCCGCGAGGGAGGGGAGAGGAGGCUCUCAAUAAAUUAUUGUGUAACCUU